AUGUCUUCCUCUGUCUUUGAGAUUCGAGAGCAUACCGUAGAAUGCCAGCAUAUUCGCGAGUAUCCUCGGGGUACAGCAAAUACUCGAGAAGAUGUUCUCCAUCUUGCAGUCAAGCAAUACAUUCCCUUAGACAACUUAAGUCCGAGUGAGGGUGAUCUCACCAUAAUCGGCACUCAUGCCAAUGGCUUUCCCAAAGAACUAUAUGAACCAUUAUGGGAAGAUCUUCAUGCUAGAUCGAAAAGCAACGGCUUCAAGAUUCGAGGUAUUUGGAUAACAGAUAUUUCGAAUCAAGGAGCUAGUGGUAUUCUCAAUGAAUACCUUCUUGGAGAUGAUCCAUCGUGGCUUGAUUAUCCACGAGAUCUUCUUCAUAUGAUCAAUCACUUCCGGAAAGAGAUGCCCAUGCCAAUCGUAGGUAUCGGACAUUCCGUCGGAGGCAACAUCUUGGUCAACCUCUCUUUGAUGCACCCCAGGCUAUUGUCGACAAUAGUACUGCUCGAUCCAGUUGUCCAACAACACGCAACUGCACCAUCAGGACCAAAUCUGGUUCAAGCCUCAACCUACAGACGAGAUCUCUGGCCCUCACGAGCAGAAGCAGAAGCAGCCUUCAAGAAAUCCAAAUUCUACCAAUCCUGGGAUCCCCGCGUCAUGGAAAGAUGGUGCAAAUACGGCAUUCGAGAAACCCCGUCAGCCCUCUACCCUAACGAGAAAGGCGCCGUCACGCUCUCAACUACCAAGCAUCAAGAAUGCUUCACUUUCAUGCGACCUAGUUGGGAUGCUAUGAGUCCAGACGGCCAAACGGUUGUACGCCGGGACCUAGUCCCAGAUAUGCGUCCAGAUAGUCUUGUCAAGUUUCCUUUCUAUCGUCCCGAGCCGCCAAAUACGCUUGCAAGAUUAUCAUCGUUGAGACCGAGUGCUCUUUACAUUUUCGGAGCAGAAAGCCCAAUGUCAGCUCCUCAGUACCAGAAGGAAAAGCUGGAAAUCACAGGGUCUGGACCCGGCGGCAGUGGUGGUGCGAAGGAAGGAAGAGUGAAGGGAGUUUCGUUGGAUGGGAUUGGUCAUUUGGUUGCAAUGGAAGCGACUGAGAAAUGUGCAGAUGCUGCUGCUACCUGGUUGGGUCAGGAGAAUAAGAGGUUUGUGGAGGAGAGGAAGAAGUAUGCUGAAUGGGCAAAGCAGAGCUUACAAGUAAAAUCGACGUUCUCUACAGAUUGGCUAAAGUGGAUUGGAGAACCGCCUCGACCUGUCAAGAGCAAGAUGUAG